AUGUAAUGAGGUGUGGUGAUGAAGGACCCAGCCCUGGCAUCAGACCACGUGGUUUGAAUCUCAGCUCUGCUAGUCACGCAGCCGGGGCUGCGUUUCUUCAUUUCUCAGUGCCUCCAUUUCUUCAUCUCUGAAAUGGGGUUAGUAAUAGUCCCGGUUACUGUGAGCCUUAGAUGAGAUGGUGAGCGGCAAAUGAUGCCUGGUUCUUCCCGACAAUGGCUACCACUUUCUGAACACCUGUACAUCACUACAUGCCUGGCCUGACUUGGCUGGGCUCUAGAGCAUGGGUGCUUUUGACCACACUACUCUGUCUCCUGACAGCACCUAUGUCGUUUGCUCCUGAACUAUUUGAAAUGUCAGGAAGACGAGACUUUGUCCUUGGACAAGUGGCAGAAGGCUAGGGUGUAGCUAAGUUAUCAGGAUGCUUCCUCUCUUUCCAAAUAGGGUUUCCCUAGACCACCUAGCCCCACGGUGCUCUAAGAAAGAAUCAUCAUAAUUCCAGCCUCCUUUCCUCCCCCUGGGCCCCAAACCUCUCCAUCUGCUCCAGGUGCCCCGAUCAGUGGCAGAACCAUCAUUAUGUAAAUGUCUGUGCAAAUGCACUGUCAUCAAGCACCAGUUCUCCAGCGAGGCAGGACUACCUCCUGACACCAUCACUUCCCAGCCAUGGGGCCCAGGGCAAGGACCGUCUGCUUCCUGUUCUUCCUGCUAUGGGUCCUGGCUGAGCUGGCUGAGAACUCGGACUUCCACCUGCCGGGGGAUUACCUCCUGGGUGGCCUCUUCACCCUCCAUGCCAACAUGAAGGGCACUGUCCACCUCAACUUCCUGCAGGUGCCCAUGUGCAAGGAGUAUGAAAUGAAGGUGAGUGGCUACAACCUCAUGCAGGCCAUGCGCUUCGCGGUGGAGGAGAUCAACAAUGACAGCAGCCUGCUGCCUGGUGUGCUGCUGGGCUACGAGAUGGUGGAUGUGUGCUACAUCUCCAACAACGUCCAGCCAGUGCUCUACUUCCUGGCACAGGAGGACAGCCUCCUUCCCAUCCAAGAGGACUACAGUAACUACGUGCCCCGUGUGGUGGCUGUCAUUGGCCCUGAAAACUCCGAGUCUGUCAUGACUGUGGCCAACUUCCUCUCCCUCUUUCUCCUUCCACAGAUCACCUACAGCGCCAUCAGCGACCAGCUGCGAGACAAGCAGCGCUUCCCAGCCCUGCUGCGCACCGCGCCCAGCGCCAAGCACCACAUCGAGGCCAUGGUGCAGCUGAUGCUGCACUUCCACUGGAACUGGAUCAGUGUGCUGGUGAGCAGCGACACCUAUGGCCGUGACAAUGGCCAGCUGCUGGGCGAUCGCCUGGCCGGCAGCGACAUCUGCAUCGCCUUCCAGGAGACGCUGCCCACACUGCAGCCCAACCAGGACAUCAUGCCAGAGGAUCGCCAGCGCCUGGUGAGCAUCGUGGAGAAGCUGCAGCAUAGCACGGCGCGCGUCGUGGUCGUGUUCUCGCCCGACCUGACCCUGUACGACUUCUUCAGGGAGGUGCUGCGCCAGAACUUCACAGGCGCCGUGUGGAUUGCCUCCGAGUCCUGGUCCAUCGACCCGGUCCUGCACAACCUCACGGGGCUGCACCGCACGGGCACCUUCCUGGGCAUCACCAUCCAGAACGUGCCCAUCCCAGGCUUCAGCGAGUUCCGCGUGCGGGGCCCACAGGCCGAGCCGACCAACCAGAGGUCUACCUGCAACCAGGAGUGCGACACCUGCUUGAACUCCACCUUGUCCUUCAACUCCAUUCUCAGGCUCUCCGGGGAGCGCAUCGUCUAUAGUGUGUAUUCUGCGGUCUACGUCGUGGCCCACGCUCUGCACAGCCUCCUCGGCUGUGACCACAGCGCCUGCACCAAGAGGGUGGUCUACCCCUGGCAGCUGCUUGAGGAGAUCUGGAAGGUCAACUUCACUCUCCUGGACCACCAAAUCUCCUUCGACCCACACGGGGACGUGGCCCUGCACCUGGAGAUUGUCCAGUGGCAAUGGGACCUGAACCAGAAUCUCUUCCAGAGCGUCGCCUCCUACAGCCCCCUGCAGGGACACCUGAAGGACAUCCAAGACAUCUCCUGGCACACGGUCAACAACACGAUCCCUGUGUCCAUGUGUUCCAAGAGGUGCCAGUCAGGGCAGAAGAAGAAGCCCAUGGGCAUCCACACCUGCUGUUUCGAGUGCAUCGACUGCCUUCCAGGCACCUUCCUCAAUCAGACUGCAAAUGAAUAUGAUUGCCAGGCCUGCCCGAGUAACGAGUGGUCCCACCAGAGUGAGACCUCCUGCUUCAAGCGGCGGCUGUCUUUCCUGGAAUGGCAUGAGGCAGCCACCAUCGCUGUGGCCCUGCUGGCCGCCCUGGGCUUCCUCAGCACCCUGGCCAUCCUGGUGAUAUUCUGGAGGCACUUCCAGACGCCCAUGGUUCGCUCGGCUGGGGGCCCCAUGUGCUUCCUGAUGCUGACGCUGCUGCUGGUGGCGUACAUGGUGGUCCCGGUGUACGUGGGGCUGCCCAAGGUCUCCACCUGCCUCUGCCGCCAGGCCCUCUUCCCCGUCUGCUUCACCAUCUGCAUCUCCUGCAUCGCCGUGCGCUCCUUCCAGAUCGUCUGCGUCUUCAAGAUGGCCAGCCGCUUCCCGCGCGCCUACAGCUACUGGGUCCGCUACCAGGGCUCCUACGUCUCUGUGGCGUUUAUCACAGCACUCAAGAUGAUCACUGUGGUGAUCAGUUUGCUGGCUACGGGCCUCAACCCCACCACCCGCACUGACACCGAUGACCCCAAGAUCAUGAUCAUUUCCUGCAACCCCAACUACCGCAACAGCCUGCUGUUCAACACCAGCCUGGACCUGCUGCUCUCAGUGGUGGGUUUCAGCUUCGCCUACAUGGGCAAGGAGCUGCCCACCAACUACAACGAGGCCAAGUUCAUCACCUUCAGCAUGACCUUCUAUUUCACCUCGUCCGUCUCCCUCUGCACCUUCAUGUCUGUCUACGAUGGGGUGCUGGUCACCAUCGUGGACCUCUUGGUCACCGUGUUCAACCUCCUGGCCAUCAGUCUGGGCUACUUCGGCCCCAAGUGCUACAUGAUCCUCUUCUACCCGGAGCGCAACACGCCAGCCUACUUCAACAGCAUGAUCCAGGGUUACACCAUGAGGCGGGACUAGCGCCGCCCAGGGGCGUCCGGGAGGGCGGGCCUCAGCGUUGGGAGGCGGAAGCCGGGGGUCUGGCUGGUUCAACUCCAGAGGGAGGCAGGGAAGCCAUCCCCAACUUUUCCCACCUUGCCCUGGUUUCUAAUUUAGCAGUCCUUGGAGGUUCUCUGCAUCGGGGCCAUUUUUGCCCAUUUAGUGAUGGAUGCCUUAAAACAUCCACUUUGUUCCUUUCCCUUGACCAGUUUUAAUUGCCAGGCACUGCCACCUUCUUCUAGAAAAAAACCACCCAAGGUGACCUAUUGGUCUCCAAGGACAGUCUGAUUUAGCAGCCUCCAGCCGCCAUCUGGCGGUCACAGUGGGCAUCUGCGGGCUGCAGCUCAUUCCCUUCACUCAAGUUCAAGGCCAAGGGAAGCCCUGGGGGGCGCUGGGCUGGCUUGGGCUGGGCCUGGCCGGGGGUUGGUGUGGGCUGGUGGGGACUGCCACUCAGCCUGUGAGUUCGGAUAGUGCAGCCAUGGCUCCAUUCACUAGCUGUCUCACGUGUCCGUUCCCUUUCCUUCUUCCUGAAGAGCUCGGGCCCAGAUCCCUGGGUUAUCUCUCAGGGCUGGCCAUGCAUAGCAUGCUUCCCAGAUGCUUGUGAAUAAACCUCCCUUGGGUGAAAUGAAUGCGCUUCCUUCCUGUUUUCAGAUGUCCCUUGAGAAAGAACAUGUGGAAUCAGACCUCAGUCUCAAUCGCAGUAGUGUCACUUCCAGGCUGUGUGACUUUAGGCUGUCAUGUUGACUUUGAUGUGGACAACAGCUUACAUUUAUUGCCAAGUCCCUGGCUAAGAACUUUACUACUGUAUCCACGUAUUCCUCACAAAACUCUAUUGAUUGUGUGCAAUUAUGCUCCUUAUUUUACAGAUGGUGGGCCGAGGGCAGAGGGAAGAACUCAAAGAAGCUAUAGAACUUACCCAGAGUCACAAAGCUUGUCUGAGCUCCCCCUUCCUCUCCCCAGAGCCUACUCCCGGAGCCACAGUCCUUUACGGGGUAAUAUCCAGGUGGCCUGGCCUGGGAAGCUGUCCCCACUGUGGUGCACAGGGGGAAGGCUCAGGCUCCCCGGACAAGGAGCUGUGCUGUGGCAGGGGAUUCAGAUGUUAGGGAGGUGGCUGGUGGGUGCAGUGACCAGAAAAGCCUUUGGGAGAAGUUAGCAUUUGGAAAGAGCCUUGAAGGACACAGAAGUGUUGGAAGGCUGGAAGUUUGGAUGUGUGGGGGAGGGGCAGGUGGGGCCAGCAGGAGGAAAGGCGGGAUGGAAGGAAGCCCAGGCAGUUCCAGGAGGAGCAUGUGGCUGAGAGUGGCCAGGCUGUGAGAACUCAGCUUCAAAGGACAGCUAGGGCCAGAUGCCGGGGUCUGGCCCUGGGUGUCUGGUGUCUGGCCCUUGUCCUCCUUGGGUGGCUACUCCCAGCAUCCUGUGCACAUUCUUGUUUAUCCCUCCUCUGGGUCACCUGGGAUGCCAUCCUGCCCCUGUCUGGCCACUGUGACCAGCCUCCUCUGUGGCUCGGUCCUCUUCCCACAGUCCCCAGUGCUGACCUGGCCUUGUGGGCUGGAGACUGCUGGGCACAGACCCCAAGGAUAGAUGGUCAAGGUCUUUCUAGAAUGUCCCUUCUCUGCCUCCUCCACUCACUUCCCAGGGGAGCCCAGAGCCUUGGCCGAGGCCCACCCCAGUCCCAAGCUUUCCGGGAGCCACCCUGCAUGAUCCAUCCCUGGGUGUGACUGUCUCCCGUCCCCCUUAGCCUCGGGACCAGAUUGUCAGAGGCUCAGGGAGUUUUAAGCUGUUAAUUCUCUUUUCUUGCAUGCUUCUGAUGCCUUGCUUUAAUUUUUUUUAAAAGAGAUAAUCACCUCAUUUCUUGGUUCUGCCUCUUGGACCACCAUGAGAGAAGAGAAUCCUGGAAUCCCACUGACCUCAGAGGGCCUCUGCUCCACACCUCCUAGAGCAGCCCUGAGGCUGGGAUCUUGAGCCUUUAGUGUUUCCUCCAGUGAUGGGAGCCUCACCAAGGACAACUCUAGUUAUCAGAAACUUCUUCUUAGCUCAAAUCAAAACCUGACUCCCUGGAAUUUCUGUUUAUGGACACUAGUUUCAUCCUUUGGGAUCAUGAAUUAAAUCUAAUUUCUAGCCUAAGCAUGGUGGCUCACGCCUGUAAUCUCAGCAGCUUGGGAAGCCAAUGUAGGAAGAUUGCUUGAGGCCAG